UCGACGAGGACAACCGAUGACAGGUCCUCCUUGUUGCUGGCAGGGCAUGAGUAACCUUACAGAGACUGUCGAGAUACCGGUUGGUAAGCUCCUGAUGAGCUGAGGCUCCGCGCCUCAGCUCCGGCAUGUUUACGGCGACUGCAGUCGACCGCGAUAUUUUGCGCCUUUGGUGUUACACGGAGCGAGGAGUCAGUCAGUCAAAGGGAGUAUUCCCCACCACCAGUGUCGUCUUCUCAGAUUGGCGAGUGUGGAAGAAGCCUGCGAUAUCGAAACUUCCUUGGAAGUUUCCGACAGACCACAUGGUCCAUGGCGUUCUUUGGCUACAGCACUUCUCCUCCACAAGCCUAAACAUGUUUUGUCGUGUCAUGGCCAAGUCGCCCUCAUCUGGAAGCUGGUCUGUGGGACAUGGGUGGGUGGGAGAGGCGGAGGGGAGGCGGCGAGGAGGAGGUGGGGAGGAGGUGGAAACACGCCCUCUCCUCCUUCUCCUGGUUGUGUCUUCUUCUGCGUCCUCUCAUCUGCUCGCUUGCUCCUCUGUGGGACACCCAGACUGGCAGUACGAGAGGGUGUACUACAGCGAUUGCGCCUACGCUCUCCAUCACGGACAGCCAUGGCUUGCUUUCGCGCUUUUUGUGUUCUACUCUUCGGAGUUUUUGGUCUUUUAUCAGCUCUCACCAGAGCUGAAACUUUUGUGUCCCGGGUUUGAGACUGGUUUGCUCCUUGUCCCUUCCGUUCCUGAUGGCCCGAGUUUGGCCCCUACCCGAUUCGCUCGCCUUACUGGUUUCAGGUAGAGUAUCCUUUCCUCACAGGGUGGGUGGUGGAUGCAGCGGGGACAAGGUGGGAAGAACGUGGAAGCACGU